AUGCGUCUUGUGACUACUUGACUAAUGUUGAUUAAAACAGCGGUUCACGACUCGUAACCAAUUUAUUAAAGUUUUUGAUAAACGAGAGAAUUUGAUAUAAGUGGAUUUAGUAUUUAUCGCAUGGUUCUAUUUUCUUUAUAGAUUAUAGAGGAGAUCGAAAAACCAAUUAUUAAAAAGAAGAAGAGAAUUCAGUUCUGAUACUUAUGACUGAUAUUAAUUAACAAAAUAGAGCUUCAAUUAUAGAAGAGUGAUACUUCAUAUUAAAAUAUCUCACAACACACGAGAAAAUUGAGAAAAUAAAAAUGUAUAAUUGAAAACUUAAGUUUCUAUCGUUUUCUAUUGAGAGAUCUUAGUUGAUCUCUCUAGUUGAUUAUGUUAUUUGUUCGAAAAGAAAGAGACUGAUGUGCUAAAUCAACAUAGGAACUGAAAUCAGGAUAAGAACUUCUCUUCGAUACUUAUAUGAAAAGAAGCGGCACAUCUGUGAAAAAAAUACGAUUUUGAAUUAUUGUUAAAGAUAUAAAAGAACAAAACGACGGUUAUGUUCAGUGACUAGUUGGCGUAAUAUUUUUAUUAAUUUAUUGUGACGAGGCCACGUUUUUUACCACAUUAAACAUAGAUGCCAUGGGUUUUGAAGACGAAAGAAGUGAUUCAGAUGAAGAACAUGAUAAAUCCAGAAGCAGUACUCCGGAUUCGCAGAAAUCAGGUAGCAAUGCAGCAAGAAACAGAUCACAUUCUGCUAGUCCAAAAUCUUCACCUGCUAGGUCAAAUCAAUCGUCUCCAAUGCGAAACGGAUCACCAGCUUCUGUCCGUUCUAAUGCAAGUUCUAGAAAGUCUUAUUCUAGAUCAUCAUCCAGAUCACCUUCACCGAAUGGCUCCAUCUCACCAAUGAAUAACAAAAGAAGUAUAUCUAGAUCACAUUCUAAAUCUCGUUCUCCAGAACAUACAGAGACAAGUGCAAGAGAUGGCUCACAAUCACCAGCACAUUCACCGCGCUCUAUUAAAUCUGGUUCGAGAUCUCGAAGCUCCUCUCAUUCUUCUAAAAGUUCACAUCCAGCAUCAAGAAAUAAUUCGCGUUCCAGAUCAAGAUCAAAUUCUCCAAAGUCAAAUAAUACUCCAUCUAAAUGUAUAUCUUCGAAGACAAACUUUCAGUCUUCUAAAUCUCCUUCGCCGCGGGCAGUUUCUAAAUCACGAUCUCGUUCAAGAUCUCUUUCUCGAUCCCGUUCUGGCUCUCCAAAAACAUCGAUACAUUCACGGUCCCGAUCGGGAACUCCCAAGUCUUUCCAAUCAAGAUCAAGAUCAAGGUCAAGAUCAAGGUCAAGGUCAAGGUCAGGAUCAGCAAAUCCCAAACAAGUCAAAACUGGUUCAAGAUCAAGAUCAAGAUCUCUAUCUGGAUCCAAGAAAGGUUCUCGUUCGCCUUCAUCGCCAAAUCGAUCUCCAGUGGCAGAGAGACAAUCAAGAUCAAGGUCAAGGUCAAAAUCACGUUCUGUGAAUAGUUCUAGAAAAGGUUCUCCAGAUUUAGGGAAAAGCCCUCGAUUUAGAUCUCGUUCCAAUUCGGCAAAUAGAAAAUCUAAAUCAAGAUCUGUAUCAAGAUCCGGAUCUAGGAAACAAUCAAAAUCACCUUCGCGAGAACGGGCUUUGUCACGUUCAAAAUCCAAAUCGAAGUCUAGAUCCUUGUCGAGUUCAAGAAAAGGCUCGCGUUCACGAUCGCGAUCAAGAUCGCAAAAAUCUGGAUCUAGAGGAAAAUCAAGAUCUGUAUCGGGUUCACGUAAAGGUUCCGUAUCUCCUGUACAUUCAAGGAAGAAUUCUCGCUCAAGGUCCAGAUCCAGUUCGCGAUCCAAUAAAUCUAAAUCAAGAUCUCGUUCUGUUUCGAGAGCUUCGCGAUCGAGAUCUCGUUCUGGAUCCAGGAAAUCGAUAUCGAGGUCGCGAUCUCGUUCAAGGUCAAAAUCUGGCUCGAGAUCGCGUUCAGGCUCACGUUCAAGAUCAAGAUCAAGAUCGAAAUCAAGAUCCAGGUCGAGAUCAAAAUUACGAUCAAGAUCGAGGUCACAUUCUAGAUCGAGAUCAAGGUCUGGCUCCAGCGCCAAAUCUAGACAUUCAUCACGUUCUAAAUCUCGAUCUAGAUCAAGAUCUAGAUCCAUCUCCGGAUCUAGAAAAUCCAGAAGUCCUAGCAGAGAUUCGGAUAAAAUAAUUAGAAAACGAAAUAGAGCAUUAUCAGAUUCUGAAGAAGAGACUGAUGAAGUUAAAGCAAAGAAAUUAAUGAAAAAUGAUUUGUCGGAUUCCGAGCAUGAAGAUGGGAACGAAAGAAAAAAAGAUGACGAGAUGCAUCAAGAGAAGGAAGGCGAAGAUGAGGAAAAUAAGCAAUUAGAUGUAUCAAUUGUCCAUGAUCAACAGGAUAACGAAGAUUCUGACGAUGGAAUUAUUACUGGUAGUGGAAUGGAUGAUAUGCUGUCCGAUUUUGACCGUAUGUUAGCACGAAAAAAAGAGGAACAAUCUCGUAGACGUAAACGAAAGGACAUUGGUAUCAUUAAUGAUAACGAUGAUAUUAUAGCACAGUUAUUAUCGGACAUGAAAGUCGCAGCUGAAGAAGACAGAAAAUUGAAUCAUCAAAAUAAACCUGCUACAAAUAAGAUUGCCAUGUUGUCGAAAGUAUUGUCGCAACUGAAAAAGCAUGAUCUACAAUUGGCUUUCUUAGAACAUAACGUUCUGUCUGUCCUUACUGACUGGUUAGCACCGAUGCCUGAUCGUUCGUUGCCAUCUCUUAAAAUCAGAGACAAUCUUCUAAAAUUGUUAUGGGAGUUUCCAAAAAUUGACCAAUCUUCGCUGAAGCAAUCUGGUAUUGGAAAGGCUGUGAUGUAUCUUUAUAAACACCCAAAAGAAACAAAAGAGAACAAGGAACGCGCUGGAAAGUUGAUCAAUGAAUGGGCCCGACCUAUUUUUAAUUUAUCGGCGGACUUCAAGGCGCUUUCGAAAGAAGAGAGGAUGCAGAGGGACUUGGAGCAGACACCUCAAAAGAGAAGAAAAAUUGAGGACGGAGGAUCCUCUCAAAAAUCGCAGGAUAUUAAUAAGGCCUUGAAAGGAGAUUCUAAACCAUUGAGACCGGGAGAUCCUGGAUGGGUGGGAAGGGCUAGAGUUCCUAGGCCAUCUAACAAAGAUUAUGUCAUACGACCUGACUGGAAAUCAGAUAUUGAUAUUAGUAGGAGCACCAAGAAACAAAUGAGCCGAUUUGAGAGACACAUGAAGAACUACAUGGACAGUAAACGUAUGAAAUCAGCAAGAAGAGCAGUAGAUAUAUCUAUAGAGGGUCGUAAAAUGUCUUUGUAAUAUCGUAGUUUUUAUGCUUUAUACAAGGUUGAAAUAAAUCUGUGGCAAUCUCCUGAUGAUGCGCAGGAAAAGUUUGAUUUUGUUCUUGCGUAGAUCUCGGGCAAAUUAAAGAUAAAUUGCAAAACACAAA